GGGACCCAGUACAGCUGCUGGCAUGACUAGCAAAGGAUGGAGCAGAGGGUUAAGGUCAGUGUUGUUGCUGGAAGACUGCAGAGGUUCCUUCUGCCAUGCCAUGCCCAGAGCAGUGUGUGUUUCUGUUUCUUUUUCUGCCCCUUCUUACUUGGACAGAAUCUAGCUUUUCUUUCUUCCAGGUAGCCACAACAGCACAGCUCUUUUGAAUCUGUUUCUGUUCCUCCAGUGUUUGCUUGCUGACGUUUCUGUAUAAGCAGUAGCAACAAUAAAGGUCUCAAAGUUCACCUGCUGCAAAGUUCCUCCUUUCCUCCCACCCUACAGCCCUGCCCUUUGGACUUUCAUAUGCCUACUGUCUUUCUCAGCCCAGCCCUCAUAACCUCCCAUCUAGUCACUCGGUUCUGAAACAUAGACAAACAGGAGAGAGAGGAGGAGAGACACAGACCCUCCUUUUCCAUCUCGGAGUAGGAGUCAGCAGUUAGAGGAAAAGAAACGAAGAAGGAGGUCCCUGGCCAGUGGUGACACAGAGAACAGUCCCAGCCAAGGAAUGGACGUGGGACUGCUGGAGAUCCCUGCAGAGCUUGCUGUGCUCCUGCAGUUGGCUGAAGGUCAGUACCAAGCACAGGCCAAACAGAUAACUGAGGGAUUGCCUCCAGAAGUCAAGGUCAAAGAUGACCUUUCCCUCCCACCCACCAUCAACAGCUAUCCUUUCUCCUCUUUCAUUAAGUCACACUUCGAGAAUACAUAUUUCCCCGUCCCUGGUCAGCCUCUGCAGCACCCCUUAACCCAUCUGGAUGCUGAACACCAUGAGAGCGCGCUUGAGAUCAACAAGCUGAUUUUGCGGUUCAUUGGUGAUAAGAGUCUCCAUGGCUGGCAGGAGGUGCUUCUGGGCAACUACAUUGCUGGGAGAGGUUUGAAUAAUGUGGCUCUGCGCAAUGAAAUCUUCAGUCAGGUAGUUGCCCAGACAUGGAAGAACCCAGACACAGAGCACAGCCAGCGAGCUUGGGUCCUGAUGGCGACUUUGCUGAGCUGCUUUGCCCCUUCACCAGCACUGGAGAAACCGUUGCUGAAAUUUGUGUCAGAUCAUGGCAUGGAGGGCUACAACGCUGUUUGCCAGCGCAAGAUCUUGACAGCGGCACAGCACACGGAGAUAGACGCUACAUUCGCCCGGGCCUACCCUCCCACUCAGCUGGAGUGGACUGCAAACCAGAGGAGAGGGAAGAUGGUUCUGGAUGUUCAUACCUUUAACGAGGAGAAGUUCUCAGCUGAGGUGGAGUCCUGGAUGACUGGGGAGCAGUAUGCAGGCUGGCUCCUGAAUGCAAGGGGCUGUGAUAAGAAGUCUCGAGGGUGGUCUCUCUCCAUGUUUACUGGCAACACAUGGCAGGACCUGCUGGGCUGUGACUUCGUGCUGGACCUCAUCGGAGAGAUGGAGGAGACCAGCAACCUCAGCAACACCCCUCAGUCCUCAGCUGAGUACCCCAUCACUUCUGAAAGGGAGAGGAGCUUCCUCCGGAACUCUGACCUGGAUUUGAUCCCUCCUGCUCCAGGAAUCCAAGCCCCUACCUUCCCACCACCUAGCAUGCCUCCAGAAUUCAGCAAUGUCCAUCCAGAUUCAAGAUUCAGAGGUGACCUGAGGACCCCUGUAGGCUUGGAUCACUAUGUGGAUGAUCUCUUCAGCACUGUGCUGCAUCAAGGCUCCAGAGUACCAGAUAUGGAGAACAGGGAGAGUCUGACUGGACGCAUGAAAGGGGGUGGGAAGAUUGGACCCACACAGAGAGGAAUCUUUCCUUCUACAGGCUUCUCUGGAAUGACUCAAGCACCAGUUUACCAGCCCAUGCCUUCGAUGAUGGGGAUGCCAGCAGCCACGCCUAUGAUGCCAGUGGCUGGGGGGAUGGCACCUAUGCCAGCCAUGGUUAUGCCCCAGCCUGUGGUUCCAGCUAUAGAUCCCAAUCAGUUAGCAGCACAACAGCAAACCUUUAUCAACCAGCAAGCCAUGCUCAUGGCCCAGCAGGUGACCCUUCAAGCCAUUAGCAUUUCCCAGCAGCAGCAGCAGCAGCAGCAGCAGCGGUGGCAACAGUCUCUUGAGAACUCAAGGCCAAGAGUCUCAAGUCCACCACAAGACCGAGCCUCGGCUCCAGCCCCAGUCCCAGCCACUUCCCCAAAACCCAAGAAGCCUGACAGCAGCCAGAAUGCUGCACCACCACCAAAAGCUCCAGAACCGCCAGCUAAGGCAGAAGAACCGGUUUAUGACUAUACAGAAGACCAGUUUUCCAGCAGUGAAGAUGAUGACUAUCCUCGGGAAACUUUCCAGCAGAAGAGAGAAUAUUUUCAGAAGAUGGGAGAGCAACAGAUCCGAGUGAAGAAAGUCAGGCCUCCUUCCAAAACCUGUACCCCUCCAGCAAAUCCUCAGCCAAAGCAGGAGGAGGAGAAGGAAGAGGAGGAGGAGAAGAAGAAAGAAGAGAAGCCCAGCCCUAAAACAGAGGCAGCUCCUGCUUCCCCUUCGCCACCUCCUGAGCUGAAGCCAAGAAAGCAGACAAAAAAAGCAAAGGAGCCACCUGUAGUGAAGCCUUCAGGCCCUGAGUCGCGGCCUGAACCCAGCCGGGAGAUCCGCAACAUCAUCAAAAUGUACCAGAGCAGGCCAGCCCCCGAGCCCCAGCCUAUCGAACCUACCAGGAGAGUGCCCAAGCCAUUUAUGAAGAAGAAUGACCCCAAAAAUGAGGCUCUGGCUAAGCUGGGAAUGAUGAACCUCCCAUCUCCCAAAUCACCAACCCCCCUGCCGCAAGAGAAGAAAACACCUCCACCUCUCAAGCCCAAGCCAGGCUCAGCUUCCAACUCUAUCAAAGAGGAGCAAUUGCCUCUCCUGUCUACCUUCAGCCAGGAGAGUACCCCACCAGGUUCCCAGACCCCUCCUGCUCCCCCUCUUCCCCCACCAUUGCCUUCACCUCUCCUGCCUGGGAACCAAGGCUGGCAGGAAUCCACAGGGAAGGACUCUACUGUAACGAUAGCAGAUGAUGAUGGUAUCAAGACCCAGCUGUACAAGCUCACUGCCAGUGUCAGCUUCUCCUAUGUUAAUCCUCCCUGGAAAAUCUUUCUGCGCAAAGAGGUAUUUUACCCCAAAGAAAAUUUCAGUCACCCUUAUUAUCUGAACUUGCUGUGUGAACAGAUCUUGCGUGACACCUUCUCUGAUUCCUGCCUUCGGAUCUCCAGGGAGGAGAAGCGCAAGAUGAAAGACCUGCUAAUGGAGUUCCGGGUUGGCAACGACGUCCAGUCCAUUCAGGAGGAUGGGAUAAAGAAGAGGAUUGUACUGGCUGCUCGGGAUAACUGGGCUAACUAUUUCUCCCGCCUUUUCCCAGUUCAUGGCGAAAAUGGAAGUGAUGUGCAGAUCCUGGGUGUUUCUCACCGGGGCAUGCGGCUGCUGAAGGUGGUGAAAGCAUCUGGCUACAAUCCUGAGCACCUGAAGAUUCUUCACAGCUACAGCUUUGCAGAUGUGCUGUCAGUGGAACUGAAGGGCAGCAAUGCCCUGGAGUUCUCUUUGAAGACAGAACAGCUUUUCCUGUGCUCUCCAAAAGCUCCGUGCAUCAAGGCCAUGGUGGAACUCUUCAUCCAGGAGCUGAGGCAGGAUACCAACUAUGUUGUUGCUCUGCGCAGCUACAUCACGGAUGACAAGAGCCUUCUUAGCUUCAAGAAGGGUGACCUCAUCAAGUUACUGCCCAUGCAAGGCGUGGAGCCAGGCUGGCAGUUUGGCUCCACUGGUGGCCGCUCUGGUAUUUUCCCCACCAGCCUGGUGCAAUUGGCUGCAGCCCCUGAUUACCUCAGCACCAGCAUGGACAGAUGUGAAGGUCUACGGAAGAGCAUGAAAGGUUCCCUGGAGAGCAGGAACACCGUCAGGGAGAGUUCUGUCCCCAGCCUGACAUCAGAACCCAACAGCAACAUGUUAGUCCCUGCUGGCGAUCAUUAUACCAUGAUGGACUUCGCCACAGCCUACUUCCGAGAGGCUCAGUCCACGCAGAGACUGAAAGGGGUGUCUGCUGAAAAGAAGAGUGUAGCUGACCUGGUCCAGCACACCAAGGUCCCAAUCCAGGAGUCUUUGCUCCGGUACUCUGACGGUGAGCUGAAUGAGCUUGCUACAAAGAACUUCAAGACUCUGAUGCGAUUAAUGGGAGAUCAAUCAAAACUCAAGAACCAGAAUGAGGUUGAAUGCAUCUAUGAAAUCCUGCAGCUGUGCAAGGAGAAGGAGAGUUUGCAUGAUGAGGUCUACUGCCAGGUCAUCAAACAGGUCACCCGGAACCCUAAUCAGGAAAGCGUGCUCCGUGGCUGGUUGCUCCUAAGCCUGCUAACUGGGUACUUCCUCCCUUCUAACAUUCUGAUGCCCUAUGCCACCAAGUUCCUGCAGCUAGCCAGCAGUGAUCCAUCCAGCACCCACCAUGAUAUAGCCAAGAAUUGUCAGAGCAACAUGCGGAAAAAUUUCUUGUAUGGGGGUCGUCGCCACCUUCCUUCCCCUGUGGAGACAGAGGCAUUGCUGAAGGGGCGCAGUGCCCGCCGGCUAGCAAUACUGAUGCCUGGAGGCAUAGAAUACAUCACCAGAGUCAAGACAUUCACUGUGGCCAAGGAGCUCUUGCAGGAGAUCUGUGAGCAGAUGGGGGUAGGCGAUCAGGAAGAGACACAGGAAUUUGUUUUUUUUGCCAUCAGGAGUGAGAGCAAUAAACUUGAUAAUACGGUGAGGCCGAUAAGAUCAGAGGAGUAUAUUCACGAUUACCUGCUGGAGGACAAGCUGGUCACUGUGACUUUACGCAGGCUCACCUGGAUGACACCUCUGCACUUCGAGAACAAAAUUUAUACUGACUUUCAUUAUGGACAGGUGCUGUGGGAUUACCUGAAUGGGAGGAUACUGCUGAGCCGUAGUAAAGAAAUGGAGAUGGAGGUGGGAGUUUUGGCAACGCUCCAGCACUGGGCUAAAACAAAGCAGCAGAACUCUGCUCCCUCCAGGGAAGAGCUGAAGGAGUACACGCCCAAGACCCUGCAGUCCUCCAUCAGUCCCCAGGCUCUGCAGGACCGUGUUGGCAUACUGAUGAGAACUAAGCAGCCCCUCCAGCCACUGGAUGCAAAAAUCCAGCUCAUAGAGCAUGUGAUGAAAUUGCCUUUCUUUGGCUACAACACCUACUUUGUCGAGAGAGUCAGCGAUGACACAAUCCCUGUGCCCUGUUUCUUUGGUGUGAAUAAAGAAAAGAUCAUUGUGGUGGAUAGCAUUAACCAGGUGGUGUCCCACAUCAUUCCGUUGAAAGAGCUGCAGAAGAUGCGAACCCUGCAGCCUGUCUCUGAUGGUGGGCUUCCUGGCAUAGAACUGAACUAUGGCUCAGCUGCCAGCCCCAAGACUAUGUGGCUUGAACUGUCACAGGCUAAAGAAAUGUAUCACACGAUUGUUGUCAUUCUGGAUAAAACAGACUCACACCACUAAAGCCUAAGAGGAGGGGAGUGACCAAGCGAAACAGCACUGCUUUCCUUUCUUUGAGCUUGUUCAGCGCUCCCUGCCCCGACCCCUGGAGAGGACUCGUCCAAAGGCCAGCCACACCUCCGACAGCUGCUUCCUAAGACUGCCACUACAGUGUUUGUUGAUGGACUGGGCCAUAAUAUCACCCCUUGUGACCCCGCCAUUCAGUCCCCAAGUACUCUUCCUUGACAUGAUGCAUGCACUGGCUAAACAAAGCACCAGACACCCUUUCCACACCAUUGCUUUUUCAUAGCCUGGUCCAGCACAGAGCAGCCGAACAGAUGCACGCAAUUGCCUUUAAGCUAUGCGGUGUUGGACUGGUCUUCUCUUUUCUGAAUUAAUUAACAUGAGCAAAGACUGAUGCUUGCUGGAGAUCUGUGUAUCACAACACAAAGCUGAGGCUAUGAAAUGACUGCACUGGCUGCUGGCGGUUCCCAUAGGCCAGCUUCUUCUCUGUACUGAUACACAAGGGGCCCUGUAGCAGGAUUUGUGAAGCUGGAGCUUGCAGAAAGGCUCUUAACUGCAAAGCAGAGCAGUGUUAAUAUACAAUUAACACAUAUGCUGGGGCACAGGCUGAGCUGCAAUGGUAAGAAAGUUUAGUGUUAAUUAAUUUUUUACUGACAUAAUCACAUGCAUAUGUUUCCCUCUACUAUAAAGAAGUCAGUCAUGUCCAUGCAGCUGUCAAAUGAUGGCUUUGUGCCCAUGGAGAAAGCGUAUUCAAAGGGAACUUGUAUUAGAGGAGAGGAGAGUGUCCUGGGUUAUACAAAAAUGCUUAAUUUAUUUUUAUUGCUACAGCUAUCCUGCUGAACUGAAAAGUAUCUGCACUUUAGGAGACUGCAAUAAAAUAAUCACAUAGA